AUGCCAAAAAGUAUUGAAAAAGAUACGGAAUGCAAUGGCCCCAUAAGCGAUUCAUUCUUUGGAAGCAAAAUUAAGGUGGACAAUUCAAAAGGAAUUAACGAUGGGGACCAAAAGGAGAAAAAUAAAAAAAAAUUAAUCAACGGAGAUAGUAAUGCAGAGGACGAGAAAAAGGAGACAAGCAUUGGUGAUAAAUAUGCAGAGGAAGAUAAAAGUUUAACCGGCAUAAGCAAUAAAAGCAGAAGUUUAGACACAAAUAAUGAAUAUCUAGAAGAUAUAGAAACAUUAAAAAACACGCAUAAUAACACAUUCAAAAGAAAGAAAGGAAGUGAUGAAAUAAAGGGGAAAUAUGAAAAUGCAGAAGAUCAAAGUAACAACAAAAAUAAUCAAAAAGUGGAAUGUAAAAGAAAGAAAACCGUUAAAGAUAUGAAAUAUUAUAAAGAUAUAAAACAUCUAAAAGAAUUAUCUAAUUCAAAAAAUAUAAAUAAUCGAUUUACAAAUUUAAUUCGAUUUUAUGGAUAUAAUAAGACACUUAAUAGUUUAAGUAAAAACAGAAUAUCUACAAUCAACCAAAAUAAUAACAACGAUAAUUCAAAUUCAGAACGUUUUCAAUCCAAAUUAGAAACAUUUAAAAUAAGAUGCAUCUCAACACUGAUAUUAAUAUUUUUCUACCUGCUGACGCUAGCAGCGGGACAUUUUUAUUGUUCUGUUUUAGUUCUAAUAUUAGUUACUUUUGUUUAUAGAGAAAUAAUAUCUUUAAAAAGUGUAGAAAAUAAAGAUAAAAAAUUACCAGAAAUUUUUUACAUAAGAUGGUAUUGGUUUUUUUUAACAAUAUUGACGUGGGGAAUACCAUGGAUUAUACCAAAAUUAAAAUAUCAAUUUAGGUUAUUUAAAUAUAUGUUAAAAUAUCAUUCGAUUAUUAUGUUCAUAUCAGCUUUUUUUGGAUUUAUUUGGUUUAUAUUAUCCCUAAGAAAGUUUUCUCUGAAAUACCAAUUUUCACAAAUAGGUAUCAUAUUGUUAUCUUCUCUAUUCAUUGUAACCCAAUCAUUAAUGCACAUUGCAAACAUAUACUCAGGGCUUAUUUGGUUUAUAAUACCAGUAACGUCAGUUGUUAUCAAUGACAUAUUUGCCUACAUAUGUGGUGUCCUGUUUGGUAAAACCAGAUUAAUUGAAUUAUCUCCAAAGAAGACAGUCGAAGGUUAUAUAGGAUCAUCUAUCAUAACUGUUUUAUAUAGCAUAUGUGCAACCUAUUUUUUACAAAACUAUAAAUUUUUUAUUUGUCCUCAAAAUCAUAUUUCUUUUAUACCAUUUCACACAUUGUACAACACUGAUUGUGAAGACAAUUCCAUUUUCAAACCCAAAUAUUUUACCCUACCAAAUCAGUUAGCUUCUCUAUUACGUGUGAAACAAGUAUAUUAUACCAAUAUGGUUUUGCACGGAUUAGUCUUAAGUCUGUUUGCUGCCUUUUUAGCGCCUUUUGGCGGUUUUUUUGCAUCAGGAUUUAAGAGAGCAUUAAAAAUUAAGGACUUUGGACAGUCAAUUCCAGGACAUGGUGGAGCUACCGAUAGAUUUGAUUGUCAAAUUUUCAUUGGUAUGUUUACCUAUAUCUAUUUGAAAACAUUUGUUAAAAUUAAAGGGAGAAUUAAUUAUUCCUACGAUGUACUGAUUGAUUCAAUACAGAAAUUGGAUCAUAAGGAAGUUUUACGACUCUUUAAUCAGUUAAAAAAUAUAAUAGACAAAAAAAGGAGGAGAAAUACAGAUAACAAGAAGGACCAUCCUAAAAACAAUUCCAAGGAUAAUAAAUGCAACAAUGAAAAGAGACCAACAUUGACCUAG